CCCUCUGACCCUAAAGCAAUUUCAUUUUCUUUUGCUUUUUUAAUUUGUUAUAAUAUUUUUAGAUGAGCUUGUUCUUCGUUCUUCUUUGGAUGCUUUUGGUUUUUCUCCCUUUGAAUUCUGGGUUUUGGGAAUUUCAUAGCGUAUCGUAGCUUAAUUGGUUGGUGUUACGAGCUGGAAGUUGCAGUGAAAAGAGCUGGGUUUUUGCUAAUUCCGUGGUGACGAUGAUAUUCUUGGGUUUUAUUUGAUCCGGGAUAAAUUUUGUUUAUUUAUUUAUUUUUAAGCCCAGACGAUCAAACCCUAGAUCUGGACUCCAUCAGAUUGUAGAAGUAUAUACCAUAUUUUAAUCCCGAUCCGUUUGGACUCCAUCUGUAGCCUAGAUCUUGAGACGGACCUGAUCAAGUAGACCUUAUGGAGUCUAGGGCAGGUCUAGCUGAUGGGGGUUGACUCGUCCGUAUUUACUCAGUCGGGUCACGUGGCCUAAGCCCGGCCCAUUAGUGGUUAAUCUAGCCAUGAUUUAAGUGUUGAACGAGCGUUUGUAGUCAGGGACACCAGUGUCAGGCGCUCUGAACUGAAGGAGCACCAGUGACACGAAUUUGGUUUGCCAUUGGCUUUAGCAAGCAUAUAUGUGGUACAUGGUCAGUUUUGAUCCUCCCUUCCCUCAAUAUAUUUGACAAAUCUGAGUCAUCCGUGCAUAUGGGCCCUCAUAGUCCCACUGUCCACCACGUUAAUACCUUUAUAUUUUAAGGGAAGUGUACGAAUUUACCUUGAAGGUAGCAUGCUUCUGUCAUUAAUGCUUUUGACAGUUAAAAGGCUUAGGAAAAAUUGAAGAAACUAGUUGUGGAUGGAAUUCCUUUGGUGACACCCUGUGAAAAUUUCCUUUGGAAGCUGAAAGAAGAAAAGAAAUCAAACAGUUCUCAGUUGCAUCCUAGCAAGCUUGUUGUAAUCAAAUUCGAUGGUCCUCUUUUUGGUUUAUUUAUACUGCUUCUUGGGAUCUAAUUAGCUUCGUUGACAGUUAUGUCUUUUCAAUAUUGGUUUUUUAUUAAAAGAAAAUAGAAUACUUAUUUGAGAAAUGUUUUGGCCACAAAGCAAUUUCACAAAAGUAAAUUCACAAAUUGACGUGGUUUGAUAUGGUACAUCAGAUUGUAAAGUUACUUUUAUUGUAAAGUAGAUAUAACGUAUUGUAUGAAACUAUGUCAAUUUGUAAGGUUACUUUUGUGAAAUCUCUUUGUGACUGUAGCACUUCUCUAGUUAUUUUAUGCAUUUUAGAAACGGUAUAAUUUAAGUGCGCAUGAUAUAUACAGAAGUAAUCCUCUCAAGGCUAUAUCAUUUAAAAACUACAAAAAUUACUAGAAAAGGUGCAACUGUAAUCUAGCCUGCCAUCCACUCCUAUAACAAUCUCAGGGGAAAAGAUUAUACUUAUUUAUGCUUGCUGGAGCCAACACCAUCAAAUGUCCCAAGUAUUCCCUGUGCAUGGCACACACUACAUGAGACAAAGGGAUCGGGCAUUUUAGAUGUUGUUAAUGCAAUGCCCUUGUUGGAUUGUUUUCCUAUAUUGGGGGUGUAUAAAGAUGGUGGGGGAGUUGAUUCCUAUAUGUUGCACCUGUGGCUAUUUUGAUUCAUGGACUGGUGCUUCACAACUCUGUAUGCAUUUGAUGGCACUGUAUAUUAUUAGUUCUAGCUUCUAUGUGCCCGGUGCUGAUUGGUAAAAUGAUACGAGUGUGAUUAUUUGAUUAUGUAUUACUUAUAUAUAUAUAAAGUUAUCUCAUUAUUGUAGGAUUUGAUACUUGUUCAUAUAAUAUUAUUCCAAAAUUUUGUCAUAUCUCUACCAAAAUUUCAUUUUUGUUCUCAAUGAUUGAGCGGUUUUAGCUUUUGAUUAAUUUUGUAAUGGUGUGAGUUUUUGUAUGUUAAUCUAAAGUCAAAGGUAACCAGAUGGCUUCUUUAAAUUCUUGGUGAUUUGACUGAUACCUCUGCAAUUACAUUGCUUUGCUUGUCAAAAAUUAUAAGCCUGUUAUCCUAGUGCCUAUCUUCCUGUUAGAGGAUUUUGGCAUCAUAAAGAAGACUGAAACUACUCAAGUUGUUUCCGCCUUCUGAUAUCUUCAGUUUACAUCUCUUGAAUGAGUUAUCUUCAAUGCAGUUUUUGUUCAUAAAUCCAUUUUUCACCAUCAAUUGUAGCUCUUACAAGAAAUUCACUAUUUUGCAGUUCUCUAUUCCCUUUGACGGGAUUUAUUAUGUUUGGAACAGGCAAAUUGUGCUUGAUCCCACUGUCCAUGAAACACUUUGUCUGCUGUGUGCAUGGGAGUUCUUUCUUUCUUUCUUGCUGAUCAUAGAAAUUAAGUUUUGCUAUGGCAACCCUUGAUGAGGAGAAGUUGGCAAAGCCAGAUGAACUCAAGAUUGGAAAUUCACAUGAGCACACAGUGGAAACCCCUGAUGAGGUUGCAUUGGGAACCCUGGAUGAGCACACCAUGGGAACCUCAAAUGAGCACACCAUGGAAACCCCGAAUGAGCACACCAUGGAAACCCCAAAUAAUCACACAAUGGGAACCCCGACUGAGCACACCAUGAAAACCCCAAAUAAUCACACGUGGGAAACCCCAAAUGAGCACACAACAGAAACCAUAUCUGAGCAAAAGGUGGCACCCCCAGAUGAGCAAAUGGUGGCACCCCCGGAUGAGCAAAUGGUGGCACCCCCGGAUGAGCAAAUGGUGGCGCCCCCGGAUGAGCAAACGAUGGCACCCCAUGAUGAGCAAACGAUGACACCCCAAGAUGAGCAAACGAUGGCACCCCAAGAUGAGCAAAAGAUGGCCCCACCAGAUGUGCACAUGAUAGCCCCACCAGAUGAGCACACAAUGGAAGUCUCAGAUGACCAUGCAAUGGCAAUCUCUGAUGAGCAUGCUCUGGCAAUCUCGGAUGAGCAGGCUCUGGCAAUCUCGGAUGAGCAGGCUCUGGCAAUCUCGGAUGAGCACGCUCUGGCAAUCUCGGAUGAGCACGCUCUGGCAAUCUCGGAUGAGCAUGCUUUGGCAAUCUCCUAUGAGCAUACAGUGCCAACCCCAGAUAACAAAAGGAUGACUCCAGAAGAGAACCAUGAGCUGCCAAAUUCAGAAACACAACCUAACAAGAGAAGGAAGAAAAAGUCCAUAGUAUGGGAGCACUUCACCAUAGAAACUAUUAGUCCUGGAUGUAGACGGGCACAAUGCAAGCAAUGCAAGCAAAGUUUUGCAUACAGUACAGGUUCUAAAGUUGCUGGAACCAGCCACCUGAAACGCCACAUUGCCAAGGGGACCUGCACAGCACUUCUACGCAGCCAGGGGCAGAAUCAGUCAACACCGUAUACCCCACGUUCAAGGAUGGGAGGAACUGGCAGUGCAACUGAUGCACCAAAACGACGUUACAGAACUCCUGGCUCACCCUACAUUAUGUUUGAUCAGGAUCGUUGCCGCAAUGAGAUUGCUAGGAUGAUAAUCAUGCAUGACUACCCCCUUCACAUGGUUGAACAUCCGGGGUUUAUAGCUUUCGUCCAGAAUCUUCAGCCCCAUUUCAACAUGGUGAGUUUUAAUACUAUCCAAGGGGAUUGUGUUGCAACUUACUUGAUGGAAAAGCAAAACUUAAUAAAGUUUAUCGAGGGCAUUCCUGGGCGUAUUUGCCUUACACUGGAUAUGUGGACUUCAAGCCAAACAGUAGGUUAUGUGUUUAUAACUGGACACUUCAUUGAUAGUGAUUGGAAGCUGCACAGGCGGGUUCUCAAUGUCAUAAUGGAACCAUAUCCUGAUUUGGACACUGCCCUUAGUCAUGCUGUUGCUGCUUGCCUUUCUGAUUGGAGUUUGGAGAGCAAGUUAUUUUCUCUAACUUUUAAUCAGCCGCUAAGUGAAGCUGCUCUUGAGAAUCUUAGGUCUCUUCUUGCCAUUAAGAACCCUCUAAUCCUCAAUGGUCAAUUAUUAGUUUGUAAUUGCAUUGCACACACUUUGAGCAGCAUGGCAAAAGAUGUACUAGGGGCAGGGCAAGGAAUAAUCAAGAAAAUCCGGGAUAGUGUCAAGUAUGUGAAGACAUCAGAAGCCCAUGAGGAAAAGUUUCUCGAUCUCAAGCAACAGCUUCAAGUUCCUAGUGAAAGGAGUCUAUCUCUUGAUGAUCAGACGCAAUGGAAUACAACCUAUCAAAUGCUGGUGGCUGCUUCUGAGUCAAAGGAAGUGUUUUCUUGCUUGGAUACUUCUGAUCCUGAUUACAAGGAUGCCCCAUCAAUGGAAGAUUGGAAGCAUGUUGAGACUCUCUGUACAUACUUGAAACUUCUCUUUGACGCAGCAAACAUCCUGACCUUCACAACUAACCCAGCUGCAAUUACAUUCUUUCACGAAUUGUGGAAGAUUCACACAGAGCUAGCUCGUGCUGUUGCUAGUGAGGAUCCCUUCAUCAGCAACCUCAGUAAAAUGAUGCAAGAAAAAGUUGAAAAAUACUGGAAAGAUAGCAGCCUGGUUUUGGCAAUUGCAGUGGUCAUGGAUCCCCGUUUUAAGAUGAAGCUUGUGGAGUUCAGUUUCUCAAAAGUAUAUGGCGAAGAAGCCCCCACAUAUAUUAACAUUGUCAAUGAUGGAAUUCAUGAGCUCUUUCAUGAAUAUUUGACACUUCCUUUGCCUCUAACGCCAACUUACGCCGAAGAAGGAAAUGGGGGAAGCAAUAUUAAGAUGGAGGAUUCCCAGGGAGGAAAUCUUCUGUCUGAUCAUGGACUCACAGAUUUUGAUGUGUAUAUUAUGGAGACUACAAGCCAACAGAUGAAGUCUGAGCUGGAUCAGUAUUUGGAAGAGUCUUUACUGCCUCGUGUGCAGGAGUUCGAUGUGUUGGGCUGGUGGAAGCUAAACAAGAUGAAAUACCCUACACUUUCAAAGAUGGCUCGUGAUAUUUUGUCUAUUCCGGUAUCUACUGCUGGUCCCGAUGCUGUAUUUGAUAUAACAGGCAAGGAGAUGGAUCGAUAUAGGAGUUCUCUACGACCAGAGACAGUGGAAGCACUUAUAUGUGCCAAGGAUUGGAUGCAGUACGGCUCCACAGAAGCUUCAAACGCACUUGUGAGAAUGGAAUAUUAGUUUCUAGGUCUAGAUUCUGUUACAGGAUUUCUUGUAUGAUGGUACUUAACUAGGGACUGUUCUUACCCUUCGAACAUUUUUCUUUAUGAUUUUAGUUAUUCUUAAGUACUGUCUCUGUAAACUGGUCGAUCGGUUGAACCCUUUUUCUGUUGUUAUUUAGAUUUUCAGAUGUCCAUGGACCAAUCCAUUGUAACAUGUUAUUUUUUGUGAA